AUGUUUUACUAUCUUGAUAAUGCGAACAAUAAAUUUAUGUUUAUUAUGUACAGAAAGGGUUUUUGUUGCCAUAGUUACGUUAUGUAUCACGUUUCCAACGUUUUUAAUGAAUAAAGAACACGUUUAUGUUCUCAUUCAGCGAUGUUGGCGUGUUGUAUCACUUGUAUGUUACAGCAAAGUAAAGGAAACGUUGCUCAACUGACACGUACAGUGGAGUCCAGUUAUAAUAAAUAUUUAUAAGUCUAGACAAGUCCCGUUACCUUAGCAACCAAUACGAGAAAAGGGGCGGAGCUUUGUUAUCAAUGCAAGAGCUAAAGAGACGCCGAGUGAUGAAACGAAUAACAAAUGGCUGUUAUAACCCAGAUAGUCUUUGAGAAAUGAAUUUAGUUAACCAUACAUUAAACGUCACUUGUCUAGCUCUUCUGUUAUUGUCUAUUGCAAUAUUUUGGUGCAAUAAGAAUUUAGAAAUUAAAAUCGACGAACUCGCAAUAGGCGCCCAAAUUUUGAAUCGUGAAUUGGAAAAGAUUCAUCAAACAUGCAAGGACAAAGUCGUUUCAUCAUUUCCACGCAUUCCUGCCACUCACAUGGUGAAACACAACGAGAAAGAGUUACUGAACUUGAAUGUUGAAAUCAACGUGACUUUUGUUCUACUACUUUUGCUAAAAGAAAAGGAUUCUUUACAAUGUCAUCAUCGACAAAUUAAAUCCAUACAGAAUACAUUUCCGGCUGGAAAAAUUAUCAGAUCUGUUGUUUCCCAGGGCAGCCGUAUCAUUGAGCCAAUACCAGGUGUUAAGACUAUUGAUAUGUAUUCCAGUAAGGCCAAGGCAUUGAAUAUGGCUGUAAAAGAAGUGGAUACACCUUAUUUUGUAUUACUACAACAAAAUUUUAUCAUUGAACCACAACAUGCAGACACAGGUAUACAAUGGCUACAUCAUGCUUUGGUAUUUACUCCAGGUGUUGACAUCAUUGGAGGUUCAAUGCUGCUCAAUAACAAUGAGCUUGUUGUCUCGUGCUAUUCCCUAAACCUAUGUAACUGGACAAUCAUACAAAAAUAUGAGUACCAAAGAAGCUUUGGUGAAAUCAUGAUUUGUGAUGAAGUCAGCCACAGCUUCAUGGCCCAGACAAGGAUCUUCAAUAAAUUUGAUGGUGAGCUUUUUGAUGAAAAUCUUGAAGCUGGGAACUAUAUGUUUAUUGACUUUUUUCUUCAAGCAAAAAAACUUCAUUUGACUGUGGCAAACAGACCUGAAGUGUUAUUUGUGCAAAUGGGUGCUUGCUCUGUCCCAGAGAAUUCUAUGCAGCACAUGGUGGCACUUGCAAAAAAAUAUAAAAUCAUGCGAUUCAAGAACCCUGAAAAUGAAAUGUACAGCAUUUGUGAUAGGCGUCUGGGAAAUAUUUGCUCAACAGAAAACCUUGUUAAAAACUUCAAAUUUCCAAGAUGGUAUGAAAAUGGAUUGUUUGCAUUUCCAUUUGUGAUUGAGCAAGCAAUUUCAACAUUAGAAAGUCUUGCUAAUAAGCUUAGAAAAUCUGGUAUUUAUUUUGUAUUGCAUGGUGAGACAUUGUUUGGUGCCAUUAUGACACAAUCAAUAUUACCAUGGGGACGUCUUAAUUUUAUUCACUUAAAAGCAUAUGCCAAAGAAAAAGAAGUCCUGGGUUUUGCAGUGGCAAAUGAUUAUAAACAUGAAAUAAAUGGUGAUACUAUAUCAAUUUUUGUGCAACUGCCAGGAUUUUCAUUGCCAAUGAAAGUAAUAAUACUACUUGCAUCUGAUAAAAGUGCAAAGUUCACAAAUGUCAGAGUGAAUGGAAAGCUCUAUCAUGCACCUCUUGAUCCAAUUGCUGAAUUGAAGUCCUUUUAUGGUGAUAACUAUUUACUUGGUGAAGACGGAAAAGCAAAAGACUUUUCAUGUAAAAUGGAUGGCCAUCAUGCAUGUCUACCAUCCAUGCCUAGUAGAGGCUCAAGCACUUAUAAGGAGAAUUAUUGUGAAAUAUAAUUGUUAGAACAGUAUAUAUUUUAAUGGCAUUAAACUUAAAGUAUGUACAUUUGUGAAUUAUUUGCUAUGAAAUAUUCGUUGUUGUAAAAAUUGUCUGUUAACAGUAGAAUGACAUUUAGAAUUAAAUAAUCACUAACAAAGUUGUCAAAAAGUCAAAACAUAGUAAAAAUAUUUUCAUUAUAUGCAUUUGGUUGCUAA